UACGCUGCCAUUUUGUCCGGCGGAGCAGCGACCAGGCACGUCAGUCCGAAAAGAGAAAUCAGCAUCGAGACUUUCCGGGCAGCCGCGCAGCGCAGCACGGGACGGGACGGGACCGUGGCUAAAAAAACCAACCUCUAGUGUGGAGUCGGCGGCCGGAGAACAGCGCCGACUGAACUUGGGAAACGUGUGGGUGAAACCUACGGAGCUAAGCACGCUUUCGCUUUUAACUUAGCGGCGCCGCCGGCUCGGCUCAGACUAGAGGCGCUCGCGCGCUCCCUGGCUGGUUGGCAGGUUAGCUAACACCGCUAGCUCCUCGGCUAACGAGCCCUCCCCCCCCCGCACCCGCCCCUCGUCUCUUCUCACCUGGAGAAACUGCGCCUGUCCCCGGCUGUCAGUUUCGCGCCACCCUUUUAGAACCUCCAGACAAUGUGCUGCUCAGUCGUGGACGACUUUUCUCGCCCGACGUGGGGUUUAACGCUCACUUUACCGAGCGACCAGUGACGGCUACGAGGCUCGAGCUAACAAGUUGACGUGGAGAGGGAACUCACGAGCUUCUGGGAGAGUCGAGAGUGCUGAUGUUCUCCACGCCGUGAUUUCAGGCGGAUUACUUCCUUUAGCCUCCCUCGAGGUGGACUUUGGUGAUCCCCAACGAGUCGUCCAGGUUACAAACCACCCAGUUAGCUAUGUUUAUUUGUAGACAUAAAGUAAGUUCAAGUGUUUGCAAAUUCCACUGUGGGACUCUUUCCUGGUUCGGGUGCUGCAACGGAAACAUUAGCUAACACAGACUAGCUCGGAUUAGUGUCGCCGUGUUGUGUUAGUUAGCUAGAUAGGUAGUCGGAACAACUGUUGCCGAACAAUUUACCUUCAAAUCAAGCCUACGAGUCAGCUGUUGGUCGUGGUUUCCGCCGUACAGCCCACCAGCCAGCGGUGAUUUGACAUUACUGCAGACUGCUCAGGAUCUGAACGCACCUGGGGAUAAAAUAAAGCUCCGCGCGGGAGUGGGUGUCAGAUCACAGCCCUUCACGGCGACUUGACAGGGAAGUCACGUUGAGUUGUGCCCCGCGGGGAGUUGAUCCAUUGAUCGGAUCGUUAUUGUGCUAUUUUAGCUGAUUGAGGAAAAAAGAAGAGCGAGCGAGCGGGGGAAUCGGUCGCGAUGUCGGGCCAGUCUAUCACGGAUCGGAUCACGGCGGCGCAGCACAGCAUGACCGGGUCGGCGAUCAGCAAGGCUGUGUGCAAAGCCACCACGCAUGAAGUGAGCGGACCCAAGAAGAAACACCUUGACUAUCUGAUCCACUGCACCAAUGAGAUGAACGUGAACAUUCCCCAGCUGGCGGACACGCUGUUUGAGCGCACCGCCAACUCCAGCUGGGUGGUGGUCUUCAAAGCCCUUAUCACUACCCACCACCUCAUGAUGUAUGGCAACGAGCGUUUCAUCCAGUACCUGGCGUCCAGAAAUACUCUGUUUAACCUAAACAACUUCCUGGACAAGGGUGCUCUGCAAGGUUACGACAUGUCAACCUUCAUCAGACGAUAUAGCCGUUACCUGAACGAGAAGGCCAUGUCCUACAGACUGGUGGCUGUGGAUUUUACCAAGAUGAAGAGGGGGAUUGAUGGAGUGAUGCGUACCAUGAACACAGAGAAGCUGAUAAAGACGCUGCCCAUCAUCCAGAACCAGCUGGAUGCGCUGCUGGAUUUCCAGGCCAACCCCAACGAGCUCACUAAUGGAGUGAUCAACUCAGCCUUCAUGCUGCUCUUCAAAGACUCCAUAAGGCUGUUUGCUGCCUACAACGAAGGGGUCAUCAACCUUUUGGAGAAAUACUUUGACAUGAAAAAGAAUCAGUGUAAAGAAGCUCUGGACAUCUACAAGAAGUUUCUUUACAGGAUGACCAAACUGUCAGAGUUUCUUAAAGUGGCUGAGCAAAUUGGAAUAGAUCAGGGUGACAUCCCAGAUCUCUCUCAGGCUCCCAGUAGCCUCCUGGAGGCUUUAGAGCAGCACCUGGCCUCCCUGGAGGGCAAGAAGACCAAGGAACUGAAUGCAGACACAAGAGCGUCCACUCUGUCCAGCGCCGUCUCAUCGCUCUCCUCCACCGGCAUGUCCUUCAGCCGCAUGGAUGAGAAGGAGAAGCAGCAGGCCUUGGAGGAGGAGCAGGCCAGACUGCAGGCCCUCAAGGACCAGCGGCUGAAGGAGAUCAGCAUGCAGACCCCACCCUCUGCCUCCCCCAGCAGCCAGUCAAUAGGCAGCGCCAACAACAACCACAUCACACAGACCCCGGAGUUGUUCAGCUCCGCGCUGUCGGCCAACAGUGUGCCCAAUCUAAACAGCGACCUGUUUGAUCUUCAGCCGGCCUUCAUCCCUGCUGUGCAGAGCACUCCUUCCAUCUCCACUGCCAACAGUGCCUGGGGAGGACUGGAGAGCCAGCCUCUGCAGCAGACUCCAGCCAUGACCGUAGAUUUCGAUGCGGUGUUCGGGAAUAAGGCCGCGCCCAGUAACAACGGCCCACAGCCUGCAGCCGACUCUCUGAUGGCAGCAACCCUAACUCUACAACCCAGAGAAAGCGGAUCAGGCUUUGAUGCUCUAGGAGACCUGUUGAAGCCCACGGUUCCCACACACACUGCGCCGCCUCCCCACCCACAGCUGGCCAUCCAUCCUGGAGGAAAGCUGCUGGCCAACGACCUCGACUCCUCUCUGGCCAACCUCGUGGGCAAUCUUCAGUUCGGCGGGACCCCAGCCAAGAAGCCAGAGAUGCAGUGGAACCAGCCUGUGGAGAAGAAGCUGACGGGCGGCCAGAACUGGCAGAAUAAGACCAUGUCAACGACGCAGUGGGGCCCCGCGCCCAUGGCCCCCCAGCCCAUGCCCGUGCCACACGUGAAUGGAAUGUUCUAUACUAGUUAUGCUCCAGCCCCCAUGGCUUUCCCCAUGACCACACCGCAAGUGCCUGUGUAUGGAAUGGUCCCUCCACAGAUGGGUCAAAUGGGCGGGGUACCAGUGAUGGCUCCUCAGCCCAUGAUGUACAACCAGCCUGUUCUCAGACCCACCAACCCCUUCGCACCCAUGCCUGGAGCUCAGAUGCAGUUCAUGUAGUUCAAGCAGUCCAAUGGGAAGCAGAGUGCCAAAAGUGACAAACAGCAGCAGAAAACACACGAGAGGAAUGAUCAGAUGGACGGAGGGAGGGUUUGACCACGAUGAGGCGACCGAGAGACGGACGGACGGACGGACGAGUUAGCGAAACACCAAAAAGCAGGCCUGCGAGAGGAAGAGAGGACCACAUAACACAGGACGGAGGGAUGCGAUGGGGAAGAAGUCACGCUCGCUGCUUUCUGUCUGAAACAACUCCCUGCGUGCGUGCGCGUGUGUGUGUGUGUAGCUUCUUUCUGUUAUAGUGUCUGAUUUAAAUCCAAGCGAUGCAGUGAUGUCUGAGUGGAUGCGGAUGCGGGAGAACGGCGGCGGAGAGGAGGGGAUUGAGGACCUCCCACCUCCGCCUUUCAGUCACCGCUGCUUUGGGAGCCUCUGCUGCAGAAUUAGCUUUAUUUCAUACUGGUGCUACUGUGUCCUCUCUGGGUGCGGCGGCGGCGUGGGAGCACCGGGAGAGGACGCAUGUCUGCGGUGUGGUUGUGUGAGCACGGGGGUUGUUUCAGACGUCUUCCCUCCGUCCCCUCUCUUACUGUCUCCACUGUCCGAGCAGGGAGACCCUCAGCGUCUCUCCUCGAGUGUGUUUGCUGUAAUUUUCCGCUCUGUUGGGGUAUCUUUGUACUUUUCAGUGUUUUCUUCUGCAGCCUCUCCUGAACGUUUUGGGGCUAUAACAGCGAUUUGUUAAACCUUUUCUUUCUAGUAUUUGAGUGUUCGUUCUGAGUUUUAAGCUGAUGUCUUUGUUCCCCCCACUGCAUUGUUUUCUUCUACAGAUACACACAGAGGAGACAGGGGUUAGUGGCGACUACACGCCUGCACGGUGCGCGUCGCGUCGGCCUCAUUCAGGUCCACUGCAACAAUUGGUGUGUUCAGAUUUCCAGCGAACGCGACUUCGUGUUUGAUAGAUUUUGGCUGCAAGUACAGAUGAAGAAGGCUGCAGUAGAACGGACGUGCGGCUCUAGCUCCUGGACGAGCUGUGUGUAUCUGUCGUCUCGUCUUCAUGGGUCCAUCGCGUCAGAGGAGCUUCGGCAGGUUUGCGUUAUGCAGCACAGAGCGAGCGAGUGUUUUCACUUUCCAUUGCACUGAAUCAAUGCGAGCGGCUCGGAGCGCGUCAGGCCCGAAUGCGUCUCCACGGAGACCCGGGGGGUCGACUCGGACGCUCGCUGCAUCUCACGUCCUGAUUUUCCGCCGAGGGCCGCGUCCGAGGGUCGGAUCGUCUCGAAUCACAAGCCAAACGCGAGCCAGCGAGUCUUUUUGUAAAACUAAACGUCGCAAAAUGCACAUGCAAAACCUUUGCACUGAAGUGACGGAGUUGAGCUUCAAUAGCUUGUCUGUUAGUGGAGGAGCGCUGGAAGGGCUGCUGCGUCUGAUCCAGCCGGCGCGGCAGGUAACGGACGUUCUUGUCCUGUCCCUCUAACAAGGAACUUGAAUUUUUUUUUUUUUUUUUUUUUUUUACUCCAGGUCCUGCGUCUGCAUCCAUCAGUGACAGUCAGUGGUGUUGCACUCAUCGCCCACUCUGCUGUGAAGCAGAACCUGGCUCCAGUCUCUGCGCUGUCUAGUUGCUCUAUCUCUAGGACGCUUCGUAGCCCGCUUCGUCCGUUCGGUGUGUAGCUGUUAAACCGAUAGUAGUGGUGUUAGCUAGUUUCUGUCUCCCAUCACUCUCACCGUUUGAUGAAUAUUGCUCUUGUUGCGGUCUUGUGUUAGCUUAGCCUCUCUCCAUAGUAUCCUCCUUGAAACCUGUAGAUGAGCUCUUGCAGUAGGUUUCCCAGCGUGUCCCCACCUCUGCCAGCGUCUGGUAUGAAUAGCUCUAUUAUCUGUCUUGGUGUCUGUCCUUUAGCUGUAGAUCAACCCUUCUGGAGGCUCAGCCACCUUAGGCUUUUCUCUAGCUUUGAGUGCACUCUUUCCUCUCACUGUCUGUUAGUUUAGCGCCUCAUCCUUUUUGCCCCCCCUCCCCCCGUCAUAACAUCUUUACCUCACAUUAUAAUGUCAUUGGCCUCAAUGGGCUGUUGAACCGAAACAGUAAACGGGAUUCCAGGUGUUGCAUGACGAACGCGGGAGUCGCGUGUUUGGAGCCGCGCUUCGUCCAAACGCUAGUGAGCUGCUGCGGCGUCUGCUGCCGUUUUGUAAGAAUGUGGCGGGUUUUGAGGGAACACGGUGCCGGGGCCGUCCUGCCAGUUGGGACUCGUGCUUCUCUGGGGGUGCACGAUGUGUUCGUACCGAUGAGCGGAAGCCGAGCAGAGACUCCGCUUGUUCGUAAAUCCAUGCUUGGUGUUUAAGCGUGUGCUGCUGUCAGCCUGGAGAAGCAUAAUCCCAGCUUUAGCAGGGAGGCGUUGGACUUUGGGUUGAGUUCUCAGCAGGGGUCCAAGUUGGCCAGUCAUAAAAGUCUUGUCUGUAUAAGUAGAAACCCCUCUGGCCCCAAAGUGACUGAACCAAGGUUUCUUUAUUUUCUGUGAACGCUGACUUACUGUCUCUAAUGUGACGUGGUAAACUGGCACUGUGGAAAUUGAAUCUGCUGAGGUGGCUCCGAUCCAGAUGAUCGUCACACUGGAUCUAACGCAAGCGAGUCACGACGCCGGGUCGACCCGCAGAUCCCAUCUCUCCUGUUCACAGUUCGUCCUUUUAUUCUGUCUGUCAGCUUCUCGUCGACCAGGAGACUGACGUGGUCUCACUAGUGUCGUAACGCCAGCUUUAUCCUGAUGCAGGCUCUUUGCUGGGAGCGGCCCAGUACAACCGCUGGGAGCGGCCCAGUACAACCACUGUUCUCUGGUGACGGCCACUGCCCUGGUCCCUUUGGGCUCAGACCAGGACUGUGUGUGGCUGCGUCAGAAGCUGCUACCACCUCCGUAUUGUUGUAGCAUGGACCCAGGUGUUGGAGGACACAUGCCCUUGAUGUCAUAUAAAGCUGUCCUGUUCUCCCCAAGGCCUCGUGGUCCAGAGAGCAGGACCUUCCUCUGUCCCAGCUCAGCGAGUGCAUGGUUGUAGCGAUGUCGAUGUUGUUGUCCCUUUUCUAAAAAGCAUGACGUGACAGUGAUGGUGAUAACGAUGACGAUGAUGAUGAUGAAUCCUCUUUUUAAAACGUAUCGUCUGUCCGGCCACUCGGUCGAUGGAUCAGAAGCAGUCGUUGAUUAAAGAGCCACUGUAGCAAAACGAUGCGCCAAACUUUUUUUUUUUUUUUUUCUUUUGUGUCACUUCUCCCAAAGAUGUCACUGGUCCUCAACAGCAGCUCUGUCCUUGAAGCGAUGCACUGCUGUGGCGCCAUCUGUGGGUCGCUGUUCAGGAUUCAUUGCCAAAAAAAUAAAUAAAUAAAUGUACGGAAGGAAACCAAGACGGGCUGUUAAAGCGGAUCGAUUUCCUCAUUUUGUCAGCGAGUCGGUGUGUUGAAUCAGAGAUCUCUUGUGCACGUUCUGUUUUUUCUACAUCUGUGUUUUUGGUAAGAACCCUCGGAUUGCUGCCUCACUCUUCUGUACAUAGAGAAACGCACACACACACAGAGCUUAAACACAUACACUCAUAAUCUGCAGCUGCUUUUUGUUCAUUUACUCGUUAAUUUCCUGAUCAUGGAUGAUAUUAGCCUUCAUACAGCAGUAUAUAGGUAUGAUUGCUACUCGAUGGGGGGAGGCGUCACAGACAGGGCUGCUCACCCUCCCACCAGGGUCAGCCGUGAAUUCUCAAUGAUGCCAAAUGGUUUUGAGCAGACUACACCUUCCGAUCUGUCUCUCGCUUUCUUCUCUGUCUUCUCCCCCAUCUCUUUGUACAUUUUUUUUUCUAUUUAUUUAAAGCAGAAAUAUAUGGAUUGUAUCACGCAUGGAAAGGCAAGCAAGCGUUACAGUUGAGGAGAAUCAUGGGCUUUUAUUUUGCAGCAGAAUAUUUGUUUAUUCUAGGGAUUUCUUUUCUGUCUCUCACUUCUUUUGGAAGAAAUAAAGUCAUUUUCCAUUCCUAA